AUGGAUUUGUUCUCCGAUGACAACGAGGCCGAGAAGGCUGAGCGCAAGGAUAUCCUCAGUCAGCUCGAUACCAUCGUACAAGGUGCACAAUUCUCACAAUCACUCUGGGCAUGCCUCCAAGUCGCCGAUCUUAGCCAGCUACGGAUAAUCUUGACCGAGAUUAGGGAAGCGUAUCACCCAGCAGUAUAUCUAAGGGGCUUUGGUACUUCGAUAGACGAAAGCCAAUUAAUUCCUCGCUUGCCUACAACGAGACCAGAGAAAAUGCGUCAUCACGGAUCUGGCGAGCCUGUUGAGGUUGCUCAUAUUUUCCCUUUUGCUCUGCGGGACUUACAAACCCCAGAACAAACAUCGGAAUCUUCCAACUUCUGGAAUAUCUUAAAGAUUUUCUGGACUGAGGAAAAGGUUGAACGAUGGUUCGAUGCAAUUCGAUCUACUACUGAAACUCUAAUAAAUCUCUUUUGUCUUUCUCCAAACGCGCAUGCCUAUCAGGGAAAGAUUUACUUUGCUCUCAAACAUAUCAGCAGCAACGAGAACAAUAGUAGCCGUACUGUUAAGUUUAUAUGGCUACCUCACUUUGAAAAUUAUCGUUCACUUCGAUUGUCCACAGAGCCUUCCGUGACACCUGCUACAACUUUCAGGCGGGAUGGUGUUGGUGGACGUGUAGGUCUAUUGGAUUUGUCGACUGGAUCAGCUAUUUCCAGUGGCCAUACAAUUGUCUGGGAAACUGAAGAUCCUGUCAACCUUCCACUCCCAGAUGUUGAUCUUCUGGAACUCCACUGGGUUUUACAGCGUGUUGCCGCCAUGGCUGGUGCCGCGGAGCCCCAAGAUGAAACGUAUGAAACGGAUGAUGAAGAUGGCUGCGGUGCCUUAGUCGAUGACAAUUCGGACGUAUCCGAUUUCCUCAUUUCUCAAAAAUACACCAUAUCUGCACCAACAUUUACGAAUAAAAAGGCAAUGCUGUCGGAUCCUAGUCCAAUUGACGUCCAUAAUAUCUCUGAUAAGCGUCAGGUCCUCCUUAGCUCGUCAGACAAUGGAGAAUUACCACGUUGA